UUCCUCACGGCACGGUGGGGAUAAAGUUAGAACAUACCUCACCUUUGCUCACCCGGGUGUGUGUCUCUGUGUGUGCUUGUUACGGGACUUUUUGUUGCGGAGGUUGAAUACCCAGCUGGUUUGCCUGCCUUACCUGUCCCAUUCGCCGGUCCUCGGUGCGUUGUGUCCAGCCAGCAGCGUCCCCAGUUCCAGUCCAGUCCAGCUGUGAGACACCGGUCUGCUAGAUCAUCAGGAUGAAACAGCUCAGAGCACUAUGUGGCUUCACUCUGCUGAGCCUGGCCGUCCUCGCCACCGCCAGGCCAAAAGCAGGUCCCGACCAGAAAUGUAAGUCUGGCCCGGUGGAUCUGGUCUUCCUCAUCGACAGCUCUCGCAGCGUCAGGCCACACGAGUUUGAGACCAUGAGGAAGUUCAUGAUCGACAUCCUUAACACCCUGGACAUUGGACUCAACGCCACCAGAGUGGGAGUGGUUCAGUACUCCAGCCAGGUCCGCACUGAGUUCUCUCUGAGGACCCACGCCAAGCUGGACACCAUGGUGAAAGGCAUAAAUAAGAUCAUUCCCCUCGCUCAGGGUACCAUGACCGGACUCGCCAUCAAAUAUGUGAUGAACGAAGCCUUUACCCACGAGGCGGGAGACAGGCCAAAGGUCCCCAACGUGGCCGUGAUCGUGACAGAUGGACGUCCUCAGGACCGCGUGGCAGAGGUGGCAGCUGAGGCCAGAGAGAAAGGCAUCGAGAUCUACGCUGUGGGGGUGGCCAGAGCCGACAUGGCAUCACUUAGGGCCAUGGCGUCCCCACCCUUCGAAGACCACGUCUUCCUGGUGGAGUCCUUCGAUCUCAUUCACCAGUUUGGACUACAGUUCCAAGACAAGCUCUGCGGUGUGGAUCUGUGUCUGGAGUCGGAGCACGGCUGUGAGCACAUCUGUGAGAGCUCCCCGGGCUCCUACCACUGCCUCUGUCUGCCCGGAUACACUCUGAAUAUCGAUGGGAAAACAUGUGCAGCCAUAGAUCUGUGUGCUGAGGGGAAAAACGACUGUGAACAAAUCUGCAUCAGCUCUCCUGGUUCCUUCACCUGCGACUGCAACAAAGGAUUCAAACUGAAUAACGACAAGAAGACCUGCUCAAUGAUCGACUACUGUUCAUUUGGGAACCACAGUUGCGAUCAUGAGUGUGUGAGUGUGCUCAAUGGCUAUCACUGCCGCUGUAACGAGGGAUACAGGCUGCUGGACGACGGCAAGACCUGCCAGGCCAUUGACCUGUGCGCUGAGGGGAAACAUGACUGUGAACAAAUCUGCGUCAGCGCGCCGGGCGUCUUCACCUGCGACUGCAACAAAGGAUACACUCUCAAUGAGGACAAGAAGACCUGCACACCCAUUGACCUGUGUGCCGAGGGAAAGCAUGACUGUGAACAAAUCUGUAUCAGCGCUCCUGGCGUCUUCACCUGUGAUUGCAACAAAGGAUUCAAACUCAACAAAGACAAGAAGACCUGCACAAACAUGGACCUGUGUAACACAGUGGAGCAUGGCUGUGAGCACCGGUGUGUGAGCACUACAGGAUCUUAUUACUGUAUCUGUCCAGAGGGACAACUGCUGCAGGAGGACGGCAAGAGUUGCGGCACCUGCAAGUCUGCAAACAUCGACCUGGUGCUUCUGAUCGACGGCUCCAAGAGCGUCCGCCCUCAAAAUUUCGAGCUGGUCAAAAAGUUUGUUAACCAGGUUGUGGACUCCCUGGACGUGUCGGCUCACGGCACCAGAGUUGGUCUGGUUCAGUACUCCAGCCGGGUCAGGACAGAGUUCCCACUCAACAUGUACCACACUGCUGACGAGAUCAAAGCUGCUGUCAUGAAGGUUGACUACAUGGAGAAAGGUACGAUGACAGGUCUGGCCCUAAAACACAUGGUGGAGAACAGCUUCUCAGAGGCAGAGGGCGCUCGUCCUUCCAGCCGCAACAUCCCCCGAAUCGGACUGGUCUUCACAGACGGACGCUCUCAGGACGACAUCACAGAGUACUCCAAGAAGGCCAAAGAAGCCGGCAUCACCAUGUACGCUGUGGGUGUUGGAAAAGCUGUGGAAGAUGAGCUCCGUGAGAUUUCAUCUGAGCCUGUGGAGAAGCAUUUCUAUUACACCACCGACUUCACUGCCAUCAGCACCAUCGCAGAGAACCUCAAACUCAACGUCUGCCCAGAGGAGAGUCAGGGGGAGAUCGAGGUGAAGGAUCCAUGUGCCUGUGAGAGUCUGGUGGAGUUCCAGCAGGCCACCAUGAACAGCCUGGAGCAGCUCGCACUCAAACUGUCUGGUAUGACUGCUCGCCUGGAGCAGUUGGAGAACCAGCUCCUCUCCCGGAAAUGAUCUGGUCGUCACAGUGAGCGAGCAGGACGCCGCAGAGAAAGAAUAACAGAGUGAGGAGGAAACCCUUCCAAUCAAAGGACAAAACCAAAGUGUCUUUUCACAAAGCCUUUGCAGCCUUCACUAGGUCUGUUGUUCUUCACGUCUACCGGGAUAACAUUUAUCUGAAAGCCUGUGAUAUAGAACCAUAUUUUUGUCUUUAAAAAAAAAAAAAAGAGAAAAGCAACAACACCACAUCCACUUUUUUACACAAAUCACUGACCAAAAAACAAAUGCUUUUAUAAAACAGAAGGAUUCUACAUUUUACGUCUGGGAUUCUGAGUGCUGUGUGUAACUACAGUGUACAUGUGCCAACAAACUUUGUAAACUAGACGUAAUCAGUGUACUGUAGAUAUUAACACACAAUAUUAUUCAGUGAGAACAUGAGUAGCAGUUUUCAUCACACAGUGUUCAUUCAUAGUCACACACCAUUCGUCUUAGCGCCCUGUUUAUACUUGAUCAGUUUUGUACGGUUUGUUAAAUAUGAUGUAUUUAUAGCAGAGGGGUUUGUUUUUUUUAAGUACCACAGUAGAAUAGCAAAUAAAUAAAGUGUUAUUACCACUCCCAAUAUAAAAUUGGCUUGGGUCAUUUUCAUACAAAAUAAUUACUUGCUUGCUUGUAGAAACUAGUUUUGAUUACAGUGUUGAGUAUACUGUUGAAAAAAAAGGGAAGAUAAGAAGUUCCACUGUUCACUAAAGCUGUGGUCUGUUGUUGAAAGAGAAAAUGUGAUGAAUUGGCCUCACGUUCGUAAAUCUAAUUUGUUCUUCACUCUGCACUUUGUGGAUUUUUUCUUACAGUGCCUUUAACAUGGCUGAGUGUACAUACAGUAAAAAAAAAACAAGUAGUUCACAUGAUAUUUUUGGCAGGAAAUCCUUCCGUCUAUCUGAAAGUGGUCAGUUAAAUCAUCAGCUUUGCCUGACCCGUUUGUUAAAAUCUACUAACAUUAGACUAAUACAGAACAAGAGGCCUCACAGGGCACUGUAUGUCAAACAAUGAUCACCUUAAUUAUGGUAGAUCGUCUUACUCUUAUAGUUUUGUAUAAAAAAUAAAAAAAGACCGCCAUAAAUGUAAACCCCUUCAUAUUUGA